AUGGUUGCGCCCCAGCCUCCGAGCUCACUAACUUCCCUGAUCCACCAUGCCGCCUCACACGCUGAAUCACCCAUCUCAGCAGAAGCGCUCUCCACCAAGCAAGUCGCAUCCUACAUUCGCUCGCUUUCCAACUUCAGCCUCUCUGAUCUUCGCAAUCAACCUCAGCAACUUGGCACCAAAUCAGAGGCACUCCAUCAGCAGCUCUCCGAGCUCUGCAUCUCCCAAACAGACGCCUUUAUCGACAUCCAUCAGGCCGAGCAGCAAUUCGCUCCUUCGCUCGAUACCUUUGCUACACACCUGGCCGACUUAAUCAACAAUACCCUACCAGACCUGCACAAAGCCGUCGAUGCCUUCGCCGAUGCCAGCAAACCUGUACUUGAUCAACGUCAACGGGUUCAGAAUGUCGCAGAUCAGUACGAGCGAGGUCAUCUGUCCGACUUACUCGAGAUUCCUCCUCUAGUGCACACUUGUGUACAGGCAGCACACUACUCAGAAGCGAUACAGCUCACAGAACAUCUUACAGCUCUACUCAAGCCAACGUCAGUCGCCACUUCGAAGACCAAAGCGGAUCCUGCAUAUGCGCAGGCUGGCCAGAGAAGCAUCUAUCUCUCCCUUCUCCUCGAAACACUCUCCCAUCUAGCCAAUAUGAAAGCGGACCUCAUUGCAAGCUUUUCAAGGACCGGAUUGAAGCUUCCAGCAGCUCGCAAGUCCAUCACUGUCCUUCGCAAACUCAAUCAUAUCUGCUCUCUCCUUUCUCAGAUUCCAGACUGCAACACACUUGUCCAGUCAUCACCCCAAUCGAGCGCACUCAUUCCUGAGCUCGGUCUGACAGAAAACCAACUCUGCCUAGCUUUUCUCAAGGCUAGAAUACGAUCCUUCCACUCCGCGCUUGAUGCUAUCGGCUCACCAUCUUCCUUCUCCAGCGAAACCUACCUCCGGAGGUAUAUCGAUCUAUGGCCCGAGGAAAUGGCAGAUUCACUCAGCAUGGUCUUCUCUCUCUUCAUCGACGAUGCUCCUUCCUCCCAGACUCAACCCGAAAGUAGCAAGUCAGAGAUGGUAACACCAUCAUUCCUGAUCUCUUCCUUCGCACACUCCGGUUUCGAGCGUCUACGCGAUACAGUCUCACUCCAGCUCGUCUCUGCAACCAACCGCGUUCGCUCCUCUUCCGAUUCCGGAUCUUUAGAAACGUUGGCUGAGCUGUAUAACAACGUUCAUACCCAACUUUCCUAUGCUUCCGCCUCACUCAGUCGAUUCGGAUUCGAUUUUGGUAAACUUCUCCUCGCUCCUUCUCUACUGUCCACCCAGAGUCCAACAACGGCUUCGCUAAGUACGAUAGAAUCGACUUGGUUAGAAGCUCUCUCUUACUCCCUAGACCAAUCUUUUGCUUGGUUGAACGAUCAACUUGACCAUCACCUCGCCGCUGCCGAUGGGUCAUUGCCUUCCCGAUGGCUUCUCUCCCCUCAACUCCCCGAGUCGGCGAUAAAGGAUCUUUACACCCCGUCAUCCCAUGCGGGUGAUGAAGGCGGUUACGUAGAUUUAUCGAGACCAAACAUUGAACUUGUUGAUUAUCCCCUACUGGCCAAGUUGCUCAAUCGGCUACUGGAAUGGAUCAAUGCCAUUCAAGUAUUCGCACCCACCUCUUUGGGUGUGGUGCUGCUCGAAAAGCUCGAUCGACAUUUUGCAAAGAUUUCAGAACGACUGUUGGAAGGAGUACCUGCAACAAUCACCAAACUUCAACACAACACGCCAUACGCUGAUCGGCUGCUAGCCGACCAACACACACGAACGAUCCUCGAACACGUCGAAGAUCCAGACUCAAGAAAUGCGUUACAAACCGAGCUGGCGAGGAAUAGGGAGAGUGUUAUCCUCUGCAAAGUUUUAAGGAUGUGGCACCAGUCAGUUGCAUCAUGGACGCUACGAGUUGUCCAAACGCAAGUGUUUGAUCUGAAGGAUGGAGAAGCAGGGAAGAGUAGUGCAGAGGUGCGGGGUAAGGCUGAGCACUGGAUACAGGAGACGGCAGCACGGGUCAGGGAGGAGGAGAAGAGGAGAAUGGGCGAAGCAAAGGAGAGGAAGAGGGUUGUUGAGGAGGCGACUGCGAUGGCUGAGGUACGAGCAAGGCAGAGGGAAGAAGAGAGGAAGAGGGUCGAGGAGGAGGCGAGGAGGAAAGCCGAGGCUGAAGCGAAAGCAAAGGCGGAAGCCGAGGCCAAAGCCAAGGCAGAGGAGGAAGCUCGAAAACAGGCGGAAGCAGAAUCCAAAGCGAAGAUUGAAGAAGAAGCGAGGAUCAAGGCACAGGAGGAGCGCAAAAAGGCUGAGGAAGAGAAGGAAGCCAGAAAGAAAGCGGAAGCUGAGAAGGCCAAAGUCGAAACUCAAGCUCAAGCGAAGGCUGAAGCUGAAGCAGCACGUGUCAAAGCUGAGGACGAGGCAGAAGCAAAGGCCGAAGCAGAAGCCGAGGCGAAGGCUCAAGCAGAGGCAGAGGCAGCUGAAGCCAAAGCGCAGGAGAAGGAGGAGGCUGCUCGAAUCAAGGCAAAAGAAGAAGCCGUAAAGGCAAAGACCGAGGCUGAGGCUGAAGAGGAAAAGCGAAAGGCAGAGGCAGAAGCAAAGAUCAAGGCGGAAGAGGAGACGUCAAAGCCUAAAGAAGCUGCUGAGGCGGCAAGAGAGAACACGACCAAGGCCCCAGAACAAGCCACCGCCUCGGGAGCAGCAUCAAAGAAGUUCAGCUUGGCCGAAAAGCUUCGUCUGCGGAAAGAGGAGAGAGAUCGAGCUGCUGCUACCGCCGCCGCUGCUGCUGCUGCUGCUUCGGCUGAUAAUAGUAACGAGGCGCCUACGACCGAGGAUAGCACAACGGCUGAAGCUGCUAAGGAGGCUGCGCCCGAAGCGACCUCAACGAAGGACGAAUCAGCUCGAGACACUGCCCAGACUGAAGAGGUGCAAAAGGCGGAAGAAGCGAAGGACGAGGCCGCUGCUGAACCGAACGAAAAGGCGGAAAUGGCCAAGGAGCCCAAGUCAACCAAAGGAAACCAAGAAUCAGAGGAGCAAGGAGCAGAUGAUAAGGCAGACGACGAAGGAGCGGAUGAUGACGAAGGAGAGGAGGACAAAGUUAAUGGAGCGAACACUCCGACAAGGCCAGCAACUCUUACCACGCCGAACCUAGGAGGCCGCGGAGGCAAGAAGAACAAGAACAAGAACAAGAAAAAGUAA